UUGUUUGUUUCAAAUAUUUCUCUGUCGCGAAGAGAACUCAAUCAAAUAAAUAACAAUUAAUUAAAAAUAAAUGAACUAAACAAGCUGUUAAAAUGCAAAGAAAUAUAAACAAUUAUUGACAAUAAAGCAAUAGAGUGCUUUAAACUAUUCGAAUAGGAAACUUUUUACAUCACAAACAUUAAUUACGUUCUUGAAGAAAAGCUGACAGACUAGAAGACAAAAAAAGUGCAAAGUCGUCGUUGUGCAGGCAAAAAAAAACAAUAACAAAAAGGUGCUACUACACAAGCGGAACGAGUGGGUGUUAAUAGUGACUAAUAUUUAUUGCGUCUACACGUUUUUAUUGUGCCAGCUUCAGUUACUGUUGCAUUUCGUGGUGCCACAAUGGAAAUGAAAGAAGCUUUGGUUCGUGAGGGCAGAGAUGCUAAAAACUUGUUGGUCUAUCAAAUGCGCGACGAUAAACCUUUGGCUUUGGGUGCUAACUAUGAGAAAUAUGUGUCCUCACCUUUAUCACAUCGCAAACCACCAAAAUCUCCAAAUGCCUUGUUGCCACCAACAGCAUUAACACCCAAAAAAUCACACUCCCCCUCACGUCAUUCCAGUAAGCAGUCGACUGGUCCCAGAGUGCGUAGUGCUUCUACAGGACGUGAUAAAAAGUCAGAAUUACAGGCUCGCUACUGGGCUCUACUCUUUGGAAAUCUGCAGCGGGCUGUCAAUGAAAUCUACCAGACAGUGGAAUGCUAUGAAAACAUAUCAUCUUGCCAGGAAGCUAUAUUGGUGUUAGAAAACUACGUACGAGAUUUUAAGGCAUUGGGCGAAUGGUUCAAGGUCUCUUGGGACUAUGAAUCGCGACCGCUGCAACAAAGACCCAAUUCUUUGGCUUGGGAGAUACGCAAAAGUAAUCCGGUGCCUCGAGUACGUGCCAAGUCUUUAUCAAGUCCCACGGUAUCGGGAAAAUCUAGCCCUUGUCCCUGUAACUCUGGCAAGAGUUCACCCUGUUUGGGAAAUUUGGAUCCACAUUCACCACGCAAAGGUUACCGGGUUAAUGUACGUGAAUUGUUUGCUGCCACAAAGAGACAUCAAUUGGACAAUCCAAAAGAGUUUGACCAACAUAUACAGGAACAACAACCUGCCCCUGUGUCACCACGAGUUGAGAAUCAUGAAGAAGAGGAUACAUGUCAUAUGAUUUUGGAAAACCGUAGCCAUCAAUAUGCUCAAACUGACUUGGAAGAUGAUCAUUUAACUUUGGCGGGAAUACGUGAGAAAAUCCAAAGAGAACAAGAAGAAAGAGAGGCACAAUUACGACAAGAAGAAGCACUAAAAAGACAACAAGAAUACGAGAAAGAAAGGCAGGAGGAAGAAGAGGAGGAAAAACAAAAGAAAGCCAAAGAACUGGCUGAGGCACAACAAAAACAGCAAGAAAUUGCCAAGGAACCAUCGGCCUUAGAAAUGACUGUGAGAAAACUAGAUGACAUGGAAAAUGCUUUUCUAACUAACAACACUAAAAAGGAACCUACACCACCCGAAACCGUUUUAAAAAAGGUACAACCUUUGGAAGAAAAGUUGACUAAAACAGAGGGAAAUAAAAAGUCGACGACAUUGCCAACAACCGCCCAAAACAGUCCUUUAAAGUAUUCCAGUGUUUUAAAUAGGCCAGCAGCUCCAACCAACAGCAAUACAAAUUCAACAAAACCAACAACUGCAGCAAAUUACUCUAAUAACCCAAAUCCUAUUAAACCAGUAGUCAACACCAAGGCCUCUACUUUAAGAGCUUCGGCCGGUAAGCCAAGCAAUACGGCAACAGCAGCUAAAAGUGGCAUUAAUACCACAUUAAAACGAUCAGCUACUACAGCUGCACCAACUUCUCAAAAACCUCCAUUUUCAGGUGGAAAAGCUUUGGCCAGAAACAGUAGAAAUUCUCUACCACCACGUUCAGUCAAUAGCAAAACAGAGAAUUAUGGUCCCCCAACUAAUGUGGCCUCUCGUUUGUCUGCUCGCUCGCGAACUAUGAUCGAAAUGAAUCAGAACGGAGGACCACAAAAGGCAGCAAAUAACUUAAAGCGACAAACAUCUAUAACUUCAAGAUAUCUUAACAGCAACAACAAUUUAACUUCCCAUAAAUCAUCUAAAGAUGAUAUUGGCAGCUCCACUUCAACCCUUAAGGCAAGUAAUGAAAAGAUUUCUUCCUCACGUUCCAGCAUUAAUCAGCAUCAAACCACAUCGGACGAUCGUAAAUCUGAACCCAAACAAAUGCCCAGUAACAAUAAUGACAGCAAUGACGGUUGGUUGACGGUGAAAAAUAGAAGACGUUCCAGUAUGCAUUGGUCUUCUAGAUUUAAUCAGCCAACAGGUUACGCUAGUCUGCCCACUCUAGCCCUGCUGGAUGAAAAGCAAAGCGACGAGGAACAAGAGAUCAAAUCUACAUCCGAUCCCAAAUAUAAGACACAAACCAAUGGCCAUACCAGCAAAUCAUCUAAAGUGGUUAAACAAACGCAAAAAGUAGCCCCGGAUAAAACCAAUAAAACUUCGUCUGCUUCUUCAACACUGAGGCCAGAGAUAAAAAACGCUAAAGCCAAAGUAAAUUCCUUGCCAGCUCAAAAGAAAAACCCUGCUAAUGCCACGACAACACAAGCGAAAAAGGAAACUACGCCUCCAUUAAGUGUGAGGAAUACCCCCGCCAUAGUCCCCAACCGACAGACCAACAUAAAGCGUCAAAAAUCCGAUCUCACAGGACUAAAAAUGACUUCAUUGCACAAGGAAUACAUGCGUAGUGAGAAGUUGGCUUUACGCAAACAAAAUAACAGCUUAAAUGGCGCAGCUAAGUCCUCCGAAUUAUUAAAUCACUAUCAUUUUGGUUCGGGCGACUGCUCCGAUAUAAAUUCCUCUGCCGAAACUAUAGUUGAAGCACAAAGCAGCCUUUCGCCGGACUUAACGAACUCUGACAUGGUCUGUGGCGAUCACAACAAAAUCGAUAUUAAAAUUCAAACCAAUCGAGAUUUUUCCAAGACUAUAGGAGAUCUCUAUAAAAGCAUUGCAAACCGAGCGGAAAAUCCACUAACCACCUCAACAACCUCAGGACCUGGUGCUCUUUCGAGUUGUGAUGAAAACGAUGAGUGUGACGAACACCAACGUCUACUUGUGGAGGAACAGGAAUCGUUGGAGCGUCAGAUUCGUGAGUUAGAAUCUACAGAAAUAGACGUUGACACGGAAACAGACGAAACAGACUGCGAAGUGGGCAUUCUCGAAACAGAUCGUGACGAUGAUGAGGAGCAUGGCUACCAUGACAGCUUAGACACUUCAUCUGUUGUGUUUGUACCCAUCAAUGGCCAGGAAGAUGAUCCGAAUCUCAGUCUGGAGACAAGAUAUCAGGCCUUGUUGUCUGAAAUGUCUUGGGGUGAAAGGGAGGAAGCUCUAGCAACACUGCAGGCUUAUGUGUCCCGUCAUCCGGGCAGGGCGCAAGAAUUACAUCAAAAACUCUCAUCACCUUCCAGGAGACGUUCACUGCAGGAAACUUUGAAAAAAUAUCAAGCGAAACAGGCUCGAGCCCAGCAGAAGCGUGAAAAUCUUAAGAAAGAAAAAGCCAUAAAGAUCCAACAGCUUUUGGCGCGAGUCGAAGAUGUCAAAGCAGCCAAACGACAAUUGAUUGAAGACAAACGUUUGAAAAUGGAGGGCAGACUGCAACGUGCUGCCGAGAAUCGUGAACUCUACUUAAGGCAAAUUAUUGAAAAGGCUCACGAUGAGGAGAAAAAGCUCAAAGAAAUAAAUUUUAUCAAAAACAUAGAGGCACAAAACAAGCGGUUGGAUCUCAUAGAGUCUUCCAAAGAAACCGAAGGACGUUUACAGGAUUUAGAGCAAGAGCGGCAAAAACGUCUAGAGGAAAAGGCAGCUAAAGAGGCAGCCGUUGAGAGACGCCGCCAGGAGUUGGAAAAAGAAAGACAACGGAAAUUGGAGAAAAUGAAUGAGACGCGCCUCGAGAAGGAACAACGAAUUGGCAAAAUGCAAGAACAAAAAGAGAAACAACGUCAGGCACUGGCUCGCGAGAAGGCCAGAGAUCGUGAAGAACGUUUGUUGGCUUUGCAAGUGCAGCAGCAACAAACCACCGAAGAAUUACAAAGAAAAAUAUUACAAAAACAGAAAGAGUCGGCCAGACGCCACGAAGAGAAUAUCGAACACAUAAGGCAAAGGGCUCUAGAACUGACCAUACCCUCUAGAAAUGUCGAAGAAAAUGGCUUAAUACGUGCCGAUGGUGAUGAUCAACUAGCCGAAGACUGUGAUCUCUCAUCGACCGUUUCCGAUGUGGGCAGUCGUGAGCACACACGUGGCUACAAAAAGAAAAUGAAGAAACUUAAACAGAGAAUGUCUCAAGGAGCCGAGGAGUAUAUGAAAGAACUACAACCGGUACCGCUCCACAUGAAACGAGAAUCUCAAGUUCCCAAAUAUCUCAAUUUAGUUAACAAAGGUGGUGGUUCUCAAGGUUUGGAACGUGCUCUGGGUCAAUUAUUGCGCAUUAUGGCCAAAGCUCAAGUUUUUGAUUUUCAAUGUUUCCUCUUAAUGGAUGGCUUGGGAACGAUUUCAUCCAAUGUCAUUACCAAAGGCAUGCAGGAGGAUGCUGAAGUUUCGAAAAAGGCUGUUGUUCUUGCGGUGCAAUUGUAUCGUAAUGCUUGCACAUUAUGUCCGCAAAUAGCACGUCAUGCCAUCUUAGGAAAUACCCUAAUAGUUUUAUUUGAUGCUCUAUUCCAAAGUUUACAGCUUCCCGAAGAAAAAUCACCACAACAUCCUGUCGAGUUAUCCACCGAGUUAAUGCUGGCAUGCACGGUGGCUCUAUCGCCAUCCUAUACAAAAAAGCACACCCACCCCAAAGUCUUGGAACGCCUACCAGAUUUAAUAAGUUAUGCGGUGAUAACAGGACUCAUUGAAAUAUUAUCGCGACGAUGCAUGAAAAUACGUGAAUCAAUUGAAAACCACCAGAGUGUGGUACUGUCAUUGUUGGCCACGCUUGGCUUCAUCACAAGGUUCAUUGAUGUCUGUCCACCGGGACCCACAGAUCCUACACGUUUCCUAAGUGCGGCAAAAUCAACAGAACUGUUUGGUUCCAUAUCGAUGCUCUAUGCCAGUGUAGUACCAAUUGGUGAAUGCAUUCCACCGAGAACAAUUUCGUUAGCGGCUGCAACAUUUAAUCUUCUAGUUUCUAUGGCUGUGUUGGAUUUAUCGGCGUUCCAGGAGGUGAUGUCCAGUGAAGCGAUCUCAUUGAAGUUUCUUGAUGUGGUGCAAAUUUUACUCAAAUAUUGUGGCAAUCAAACGACGGCAGCUAAAAAUAGUGAAACCCAGGCGGUUUUAAUCGAUUUAAUUGCUACAAUCGGUUUCUUUUGUGCAAAUAAUAAACAAAAUCAGGAUCUCUUAACCUCUGAACAAUGUUCGAAUAUAAUUAAGAAUUUAACCAAACUACCCGAACAUUUGAAUGUGGUGGUUUAUCCAUGCCUAGUAACUGUGACGUUCCAGAAUCAGGAAGCUCGUAAUGUGAUAUCGCGUGAUUUUAAUUUAGAGUUUUUGGAUGAAUAUAGUAAAUCGGAUAAGGCCAAAAAGAAUCAUUUGGUGGCUUUGCUCAAGGAAAAUAACUAAACUCUUGUUUGUGUCUUGCUUCCUUCCUCAGUUUUAUUUUAGAACUUAUAAGUAACAAAUAAAAAACAUCUUUUAGAAAGGUGCUGGAUUUAAUUUGAUUCUUCUAACAAUGAAUGAAUGACGACUGCCUCUUUUUUUAUCUACAAUACUCUCGAAUAAUUUUUCUCUUCUAUUAUAUUAUUAUUCUUAUUAUUUUUAAUAUUAUAAUAUUAUUAGCUAUGAAUUGAUUUCUUAACAUAAAAAAAAUAUUUAAUAUUAUAAUCCAAUCCAAUCCAUUGAAUGUGAAUACUAUUGAGAUGUGAUCCUUUACAUUCUUAUAUGACCAUAUACAUAAAUACUUACU